UUUUCAUUGACGGAUAGACACAAAAGUUUACAAGGGCCAUGACAUUGACGAAAAUCAACUAUUAAACAGGAGCAUCAGCUUCUAUGCCACUCACAAUGUCAUCUACAAAUGCCCAGAACUUGUCUCUAUCAUUAUGUACUAUAUUGGAUAGUUUUGGGUACAGUAAAGAGCAAAUUGAACUUCGAUCAAAAGAAAUGGAUUACAGUCUUCAAAAAAUAGAAAUUACUGCCAACAGUUUCUUUAAAUAUAGUCUUUUACCUGAAUUAACAUACGUAUCAGCUGGCAGUACAGGUGAAGGUAUCCGACUGUCCGACAGUGAUAUUGACUAUAUGAAUGCAUUUCAAGAUAUCAUAUGCGUUGAUGAAGGUUUCGAGAAUAGUGUAUGCGUAGUUCUUGAAAGUGAUAGAACUAGUACGGCACCAGGUUACACAAAAAUAGUUCUUAUUUCUAACCUUGAUUCAUUUGAUUUAAGAACAUCAUCUAUGAUUGAAAAGUACAUGUAUUUGCAAAUAAUGAGCAAAUAUCGUACGCAAUCGGGGAAAAAAUAUAUAUCUAGUGAACAAUUCAAAGGUAUUACAUUGGAUGCAAUGAAUUUAUUUGGAUUGAAGAUCUUUGGUAAGUGUUCAGGACCGGCCUUCCAACCAAAUGAUGAUUUAAAAGUACAAAUAGAUUCAGUGAUAAGUAUUUAUUUCUAUGGAGGUAAUUAUUUAAACAAGUGGACAAACAGAUCAAGGAAUCACGCAUGGCCUACAUCCGAGGUUGUGAAUGAAGUAUCCCAGAUGGAAGGAUAUAUUGUACCAAUUGGGGACAAACAAAGCGACAUGCAAGCAUAUGAAUGGAGAAUAUGUUAUACUACAGCAGAAAAGAGAUUAGUGUCAAGUCUUUCCGAUACUCAACUUAAAGCAUACGUAUUAUUAAAAAUCAUGGCUAAAACACUACUAAAACCGAGAUGUAACUUUUUAACUUCAUAUGUUGUAAAAAAUGUUAUUUUCUGGGUCAUGGAAAUGUCAGAUUCCUGUGAGUUAUCGCCCAGUCACUUAGUUAAUCUUAUUCAAAAAGCGAUAUUUUUCAUAAAGCACUGCGUCAUUAACAAUCAUUUACCCAACUACAUGAUACCGGAAAGAAAUCUGCUGAGAGGUGAUGUGUUUGGUAAAGAUAAGGUGGCCAUUAUAAGCUUCCUGUCAGACUGUCUAGAAGAAGGUGGAAGUAUCCUGCUUAAAGUUCCUAAAUUAUAUCAUUGCGUCGCAUUAUCAAUUUCAAAACCUGACCUUUUUCCCGUGUUCAGGAAAUGGAGAGAUGAGACAGAACGGAUAUUAUGCCUGCUAACAGAGUGUAUUUAUGACUUUAGUGUUGUGAACCUGGUCGAGCAGAACCCAUCAGUUGAUGGGUUAUUUAAUUCGUUGCCCCGUAGAUGUAUGAGUGACAAUAAAACUGUUGUGGCUUUUGAAAAACUCUUUAUUCAUGUUGUGCCAGAUUUGUGGAGUUUGGAAUGUUCAGGGACAACCGAAGAAGACAUAUACCAAAUUUUUUUAGAAAGAUUAAAACUUUUGAAAAUCCUUUAAUGAGGAAAAUGUACAGUUCAUCUGUAAAUAAAAUCAACACGACAGUUGGCAUUUUACUAAUUUAUGAUAAUAUUUAUUGUACGUACAAACUAAUGCAAAGGAUAGUUAUAGUAAGGAUUUUACAAAUUUAAA